UCCCUAUCUAGGCAAACCAAUUUAUGGUAGUUCAGUGUAAUCGGAUACAUGAUUUUGACUUUAUCCAGAAACUUUGAACCAUCAGGGAAUAAAAUAAAUACAAGAAGAGCAAAGGUUUGUUAGGCAGUAAUUAAACCAGUCACCCCAAGAAGUUGAUUUGGAAGUAUCUCUUCAACUAUCCCAAACAUUUUAUUAAGUUUUUCAUGGGGGGAAGAGGUAUGGGCUGUGGUCAAAUAAGUUUGGAAAACAUUGGUUUAAGUAAUGAUCAGUAAAUAUGUCUAUUUCCUGAAGAUCACUUCAGAGUCUUUUUUCUGCUAAUUCAGUAGUAGUUGGUCCAAGAAGUUUAAUUUAGCAACUGUAUUGUACACAGACUUUUAAUAGUCAUGUGGACUUUUAGAGAGAAAACCAGGUGUGUGCAAAAUGUACCAAGUCUUAAAACAUAGGAACCCACUGGGCACUCUGCCCUAUGAAACAAAAUAAGAGCUUAAAGAGUUGAGGUGGCAGUACCAUUUGUACAAGGGGCUGACACAGGCUACCCAGAGAAAUUGGUGGCACUUUUUUAAGGUAUGAGGAAAGCAACAAUUUUUCCCCACUCAAUGUGUUGCAUGGGAAAUUUCUAAUUUUCUGUGAACACUUUCUAAGAAAAAGCUAAACAAAAAACAUGCAAUGAAAUCCACCUUUGAAAAAAAAAUCAUACUGCUUUUGUGAAGCAGUGUACUCUCCCAUUAGAUACUGAGGCCGAUGAAGCAAAGGUCUUGGACAACUACUGCUAAGGUUACUCACAGUUCUUGAAUGUUUUGAGUUGUCACCUCCAAGAGAUUCCGAGCUUGUCCUCAACUAUUCUUUGUGAUUUGAUGCUUGAGCUGGGAACCCUUGGGGACCGAAGGCCUGAGCCAAGUGUUGCCUAUAUAUAUAUGAUGACCAGAUAUGGCAGAUUUGUAGAUAGUCAAUGAUUUUAAGUAGUAAUGUAUUUUAAAAAAUAAUAACACUGUCUUUUAAACUCUUACUGUAUCUUUGAUGGUAUUACAACCCAGCUUUCUUUUUUGCCUUCUUUGUUGCAGUUACAUAUGGGGCUGAUGGCUUUAGGGAUUUUCAUGCAAUAAUUCCCAAAUCUUUCUCUCCCAGUAAUGUUAAAGUAGAGACUCAGAGUGAUGAAGAGAAUGGGCGUGCCUGUGAGAUGAAUGGGGAAGAAUGUGCAGAGGAUUUACGAAUGCUUGAUACCUCGGGAGAGAAAAUGAAUGGCUCUCACAGGGACCAAGGCAGCUCGGCUCUGUCAGGACUUGGAGGCAUUCGACUUCCUAAUGGAAAACUAAAGUGUGAUAUCUGUGGGAUCGUUUGCAUCGGGCCCAAUGUGCUCAUGGUUCACAAGAGAAGCCAUACUGGAGAACGACCUUUCCAGUGCAAUCAGUGUGGGGCCUCCUUCACCCAGAAGGGCAACCUGCUGCGGCACAUCAAGCUGCACUCCGGAGAGAAGCCCUUCAAGUGCCACCUCUGCAACUAUGCCUGCCGCCGGAGGGACGCCCUUACUGGCCACCUGAGGACGCACUCCGUUGGUAAACCUCACAAAUGUGGAUAUUGUGGCCGAAGCUAUAAACAGCGAAGCUCUUUAGAGGAACAUAAAGAGCGAUGCCACAACUACUUGGAAAGCAUGGGCCUCCCGGGGCCGCUGUACCCAGUCAUUAAAGAAGAAACUAAUCACAGUGAGAUGGCAGAAGACCUGUGCAAGAUAGGAUCAGAGAGAUCCCUCGUGCUGGACAGACUAGCAAGUAACGUCGCCAAACGUAAGAGCUCUAUGCCUCAGAAAUUUCUUGGGGACAAGUGCCUCUCGGACAUGCCCUAUGACAGCAGCGCCAGCUAUGAGAAAGAGAACGAGAUGAUGACAUCCCAUGUGAUGGACCAGGCCAUCAACAAUGCCAUCAACUACCUGGGGGCCGAGUCCCUACGUCCCCUGGUGCAGACACCCCCAGGGGGCUCUGAGGUGGUCCCUGUCAUCAGCCCCAUGUACCAGCUACACAAGCCCCCCAUGGAGGGUGUCCCAAGGGCCAAUCACUCAGCACAGGACAGCGCUGUGGAGAACUUGCUGCUGUCUAAGGCCAAGUCUGUGUCAUCAGAGCGGGAGGCGUCCCCUAGUAACAGCUGCCAAGACUCAACGGACACCGAGAGCAAUACAGAGGAACAGCGUGGUGGCCUCAUCUACCUGACCAACCACAUCAACCCCCAUGCCCGCAAUGGCCUGGUACUCAAGGAGGAGCAGCAGGCCUUUGAGGUGCUGCGGGCAGCCACGGAGAACUCGCAGGAUGCCUUCCGUGUGGUCAGCACCAGCGGCGAGCAGGUGAAGGUAUACAAGUGUGAACACUGCAGGGUGCUCUUCCUAGACCAUGUCAUGUACACUAUCCACAUGGGCUGCCAUGGCUUCCGGGAUCCGUUUGAGUGUAACAUGUGUGGGUACCACAGCCAUGACAGGUACGAGUUCUCCUCCCACAUCACACGGGGGGAGCACCGCUUCCACAUGAGCUAAAGCCCACCCUGGCACUGCCCACUGAAGCACCUGGACCCCUGCCUUUGACCUCCUGCCGGCUGCCCCACCUGGACUGUGAUAAUGCUGGGUGUGGAUUUGUAGGUUGCUUUGGUGUUGUUGGGUUUGAUUUGUUGUUGACGAUGAGAUUUCUAUUGUUAGGGUCAGAAGUGCAUCAGGAGCACUCAGAACUUCUGUCUCCCUACACAUUUCUGCAGACUGCUACUUGAACUUCCCUUACCUGCGGCCUCCUAGUGUCCCCUUCUCCAAACAGAGCCUGAAUUUUCUGAAAGAAGUCAAUAAAAUAAGCCAGAGCCUGAAAGCAAGGUAGACCUUGUACUAAGCACAACAGAGUUCACUGCACCAGGUCGCCUCCAAGUCCCCAGAAGCAAUGGGCACAGCCUCUGAGAUGUGGCCAGCCCAGGAGCUCUGCAGGUGAGCAAUGGGACCAAGUGUUGUGCCUGCUAGGGAGAAGCAGGAACAGCAUCAAAGCAGAGGCCACCUGCACCCAGGGCACAAAGGCUGUACUUUGAAAAAAAGAAAAUAUUGAGUUGUAUUCUGCGUUGGAAAACAAAUUGCCUGGGAAAGUUGUGUGGCAGGGCUGCCCAGGCAGGGCAAGGGAGACGGUGAGGGAUUGGGAGGUUGAUGGAUGACACUCAGCUUCCCCAGGUUUGUUGAUGGGUGGGAUGAGCUCAGAGCUCCUGUGGACAGAUCUGGGGAGUCCUGUUAUCUGCUUUGUCACCCCCAUGCCUAUCACUGUUACCCAUACCUGUUCUGAAAUUUGUACCUUCAUUUGAACCUCCCAAACAGCAAAAAUCCUCAGAAACCAAAGUUUCCUUCUAAAUUCUACACUUAUUUCCCUGUGUAUCUACUCCUAGCCCAGGAUGGUUUUACCCAAGACCAGGACCUGUUAUUUUGCCUCAGUCCAAUCUCAGUCCUUCGUUUUGAAAGUCCAUAUUCUGUUUGUAGCUGCAGACGUGAAUUCCUUUAGUGUUGGUAAAUUCCCUACCCUCACUGUAUAGUGUCCUUGUUUGAAAACCCACAAAAGAAGGAGUUAGAAUGACUAUUUCUUUUUCAAUCAAGGAAAUAUUAAGUCAAGCAUCCCAGUUCGUAACAAAAAAAAAAAAACUUACCUGUUCAUACUAAAUUUGCAAAUGUUCUGAAACUAUCUACCAAAAAGACAAAAGUAGCAUGUGCACCCACAGAUAAGAAGGAUAUGUAGCUGAGAACUCUUUAUCCCAUGAGGUUCCCAGACAGGAAAGCCCACCAGGUUUCACAAGAAAGAGGCAGAAGGUGGUGGAGGUGAAAAUGCAGCCCACCUGCAUGAAGACACAAACACCUCUCUGAAGCCCACUGAAGUCAGGUGUUAGGAUUCUCAUCUUAGCCAAAAAGGUCUCCCUCAAGAUCAAUUGUAAGAUAUUAUAGUGCUUGUCUUCCCUAAGAUGUACCUGAGGAAACAGGAAAUAUUUUCUGUGAUCAAUUCAGCAUUUACUCUAAGCUAGGGGAGUCUUAGUCUCCACCCUGCUGGCAUUUGGGGUUUGUUGUGGCUCUUUUAUGUGCAUUGUAGAAUGUCUGACAUUAUCCCCUGGUCACUACCCAGUAAAAACCAGUAGCAUCCCCAGUUCACAUCCAAAGCUGUCUCUCCAUGUUGACAAAUAUCCCCCAAGAAGCAAAGUCACUCCUAGUUGAGAACCACUGAUCUAAAUGAAUUCUAAGCCAAUUGAAGGUUUGGGAAGCUUUCCAAAGAUAAAAAGGCACUUGAUGAAUUUUUUUUUCCCAGAGCAGUCUGUCUUAGGUGCAUUUGUGCUUCUUUGGAAAGAAAUUCUAGAAAUUCUAGAAAUGAAUUAUUCUCUUCGAGUGUUCACAAAUACACUUCCUUAUAGGCACUUGAUCUUUGUUGCAGGGGAAAGAGUUCACAAAGAUGUCAUUCCUGAGUCACGGAUUUCUUUGCUUCCAGAUCAGUGUGACAUUUUUGAAACUGGAAAUACAAAAUUGUGAUUGAAGUAAUUUAGUCUCUGCCACACCAGUGCAUUGAGUGAGAGAAGAGAAGGGAGGAAGUAGGGCUGUGAACAGCUUUUAUUCAAUAUCCAAAUUUACACACUCAACAUGAAAACCUCAGAUUUCCAGAUUGCCGGUCGAUUUUACCUAUCCUUGUCUUUACCCAUGCAUCCCAAAAGUCAAUUGGUAGAAGGGAGUUCACACACACACACACACACAAACACCCCGCCAUGGCAUUCUAACCUUAAAGAAGAACUGUAAAUAGUGACUGCGGGAGUUUUUUUCUAAAAUGCUUUGCCCCUUCCUCUCACUGCCUUUUAUAGCCAAGAUAAAUGUCGAUUUGCACACCUUUUGUUGUGGUUUUAUAUUGUAACAGCCUUUUUUGAAACUAUUGUAUUUAAGGUAAGGAUGCAUAUUAUGUCAACAAGUAAUUAAAUUAUGUUUGAAAGGUGACCAUAUUCUGUACCAAAAGUUGCUGAAGUUUUUCUUUUAGCUGGUAAAAGUAGGAUUGUGCAUGACCUCACACAUUUUGUUCUGUGGUUUGUUCUGUUGUGGGAUGGCAUGAGUGUGUCUUGAGCACUUUUGUAUACUGAAGUGUGCCUCAAUUCCAUGCACUGUCAUUGUGUUUUAAGUAAAUCCCAGAGGCAAGAAGGUUACCAAGAGCAAGGUUGACCUGUUAGUGACAACUAGCAACUGCUGUUUCUCAUUCUUUCUCUUCCCCAUCACCCUGGCUACCUGUGGAAUGCCUGGACCUCUGCUUCCUGCCUCAGGUUCCUUCUGUAAGUUGUACCUUAGCUCCUGUGCUUGUCCUAGUGAAAGAGAACUAAAGCAUCAUUGUGUUAUCAUUGCAUUAUCACCAAGGGCCCAUCCCAACACCAACUGCUUCAGAUACCAGCAUGUUCCAUUUCCAGUUUAGAAUCAGCCACAUUAAACAAUCUUAUAAUCUUCCUCAAGAAAAAGAGCUACUGGUUAUGGAGAUGCUGGUUCAUUUUAUGGCUUUCUCCCUAUUUUUUGGUGCUUUUUUGUUUUCCUUUCAAUUUGUUUUGACUUCAUUGUGAUUCUUGUAACAUCUUCUUGCCCAAACAAGAGCAAAAUGAACUGGAUUUAUGUAGACAUAUCGUG